AUGCCGGCUACACUCAGUGACAAGGUCCUGUUGGCCCCAGCACUUUCUUUGGUGCUCACCAAGACCGUUCUUUCGCUGCUUACGAGUCCCUUACGAGGACGGGAUGGUGCACCAACUAUCCAAGAACAUGUCAUGACUAGUGCGUAUCGCAGUAUGUUUGUACAUUUCACCGCCGGUCAAUUGCAACUUAUUCUGGCCCCGUUCCUAGAUAGCUACCGGAAAUGGUGCAAACAGCAAAAACUCCAACCCGAGAUCGUGGAUAUUCCCAAUACGAACACAAAGGGCUUCUGGAUCGGCAGCAAGGAUUCGGCCAAGUAUGUCAUGCUGUACUGCCACGGCGGAGGGUUUGUGAUGCCCGGCAUCCCCCCGCAUUUGGACCUGCUGUUCCGCUGCGUGCAAUGGUCGAACGGCAAGUUAGCAAUCUUCUGCAACGCUUACACAUUGGCCCCUGAGGGAGUGUACCCUCUUCAAAUCGGAGAGUGUGUCGAAGCGCUACGAUAUGUCCUCUCUCUACCUGGGCGGACGCCUGCGACCACGCUUUUAGGAGGCGACUCUGCGGGCGGAAAUCUUGUCCUAGCCAUCCUCAGCCACGUCUCCGGUCACGCGCAUCCCAGCUCAACUCUUGUGAAACCCCUCCAGCUUUCUGAGAAUCUGCAUGGCGCCCUAGCGAUUGCGCCUUGGGUGUCAUCGGACGAGACUAAAUUUAAGUCGAUGAAAGAAUUCUCGAAUCGCGACAUUGUCAAUUCGAAGUGCUCAAAUUACUGGAUUGACGUAUACAAGGGCCGAAAGAAGGACGUGAAAGAUGACUAUUAUAUUGUUCCAGAACUGGCCCCGGCGAGUUGGUGGUCGGAGUCCAAGGUGACCUCUUUUUUGGCCACCGCGGGUGAGCAGGAAGCGCUGCGUGAUGCAAUUAUCAGCUGGGCCGACAAGUUCAAAGAAGGAAGAGGUGAUGACGUGUUGAAGCUGGUCAAGGGGACGAGAGAGGUGCAUGAUGCUCCAUUGACACCAAAAUCGGACGGUGAGUUGGACAAGCUGGGAGACGCGUGUCAAGAGGCAGCUAUCAGAAACUGGAUCAGAUUGAGAUUGGAGUAG